GCGGCUCUGCGGGUCCUGGCGCUCAGCAGCAGCAGUCUGGCGGAGCUCGCAGCAGACAGCAUGGCCAAGUUCCCCAGCGUGUCCUCGGAAGGCUCCCUGCCGCCGCCCCCGGACGACGACCUGGACUCGGUGUGCUCGGACGAGCUGCUGGGCUCGCAGUCCCGCCGCUGGCUGGCCGACCUCAUGUCCGGGGACCUGCCUCCGGAGAACGGGGACGUGAACACGGUGGGCCGGGAUGGGCUGUUCGUGGACUACCACUUCCCGCUGGGCGAGCUGGAGAUGUCCUCUGGAGUCAAGUGGAAGCGGCCGAAGGAGCUCUGUUCCUCCCCUCAGUUCAUAGUGAACGGAGCAACACGGCUGGACGUCCGCCAAGGAAAACUCAAUGACUGCUGGUUGCUUUCUGCCAUCGCGUCUCUCUCUGUCCAUCGAUUCCUGCUCCAGAAGGUCGUUCCUCCAGAUCAGAACUUCCAGAACGGGUACAAUGGCAGCUUCAUCUUCAGGUUCUGGCAGUACGGUCAGUGGGAGGAGGUCAGGAUCGACGACCUGCUGCCCACUCAGGACAACGAUCUCAUCUACCUCAGUUCUCCGGAGAAACACGAGUUCUGGAGCUCCCUGCUGGAGAAGGCCUACGCCAAGCUGAAAGGGGGCUACAGAGCUCUGGAUAUGGGCUUCCCCCACGAAGCCAUGGUGGACAUGACGGGCGGGGUGACGGAGGUGCUGAAGAUCGCCUCGCUGCCCAGAGACCUGCCGUCCUUCCUCAGACAGCUGCUGGCUAAAGGAGCGCUCAUCAACUGUGCCAACUGCCAGGGUCCUCUGGAGGAGAGGCAUGAACUGGGGAUCAUGUACAGACACGCUUACUCUCUGACUGCAGUGGAGAAGGUGAAGACGUCACACGGCACCAAAUAUUUAGUGCGAAUCCUCAACCCCUGGGGUAACACGGAGUGGGAGGGGCGCUGGAGUGACCUGAAAGGUCCAGAGUGGAACACAGUGAGUCCGGAGGAGCAGAGAAGAUUGGGUCGAGUUUGCAGAGAGGACGGCGAGUUCUGGAUGUCGGUGUCAGACUUCCGCCAGUACUUUGAGCUGAUGGAGGUGUGCUACCUGACCGAGAGCCCCCUCUCCAGCGUGGUGCCGUGGAGCUGCAUCACCCACCACGGGAACUGGGUGCCAUCUGUCUCAGCGGGCGGUCCUGCUCAAGGAGGUCAGUUCUGGCAAAACCCGCAGUUCCACUUUGUUUUGACGAAGGUGGACGAAGACCCCAACGGCUCGCAGAAGACCUGCUCCUUCGUGUUGGCUGUGAUGCAGAAGUACCAGAGACGGAGAGGCGUUAACCUCUCAAUCGCUCUGCAUAUUUUCCAGGCGCAUCCUAAGAACACAUACCUGUCACCCGAGGACCUCAGCAAGCUCCGGCCUAUCCGCUGUAACCGUCAGUACUCCUCCCGUCGGGAGGUGGUUCUCCGCGGAGAACUGCCGCCCGGCCACUACAUCAUCAUCCCCUCCACGUCGGAGCACAACCAGCAGGGGGCGUUCCUCCUGCGGGUCCUGACAGAGCAGGGAAACGCUGCCACUCCAGCACAGCGACCUCCACCACCUGACAUGUCUCCAGGAAAACAGCUUCCAUUCCCUCACCAGGCGGCUCUUCCCCCAACUAAGACUGUCAAACAGCUCUUCAGGAAGCACUGCAACAAGAAAGGAUUCUGUAAACCUCUACACCUGCACAACCUGCUGACGGAGGCCAUCCAGGGUGGAGUGCUGGCCGGCAGUGAGAAGUAUCUGGCUCUGGAGCACUGCAAGAGUCUGGUGAUCCUCAUGGACAGUCAAGGCAUCGCUCAGCUCAACUGGCCCGAGUUCCAGAUGCUGUGGGACAAAAUCCGGAGGUGGACGGACAUCUUCUUGGUGUUUGACAAGAACAAAACUCAGCAUCUGGAGUAUCAGGAGGUGCCUCACGCGCUGAAGGCGGCAGGCAUCACGGCGGACGACCUGGUGAUGCAGCUGGUGGGCCUCAGAUACACGGAGCACGACAUGACGGUCAGCUACCCCGGCUUCCUCUACCUCGUCAUGAAGCUGGAGAGCAUGAUCUCCAAAUUUCAGGCGUUUGACAUGGUGGGGAUGGGAGCCAUAACAAUCAGCUACAGACAGUGGCUCCACCUGACCAUGUACAACUGACCUGUGCGCCGUCGCCAGGAUCCGCUGCCUCAGCUGCUCUCUGCUCUGCUUCCACUCGCGUUAAAGUCUGACCUGCUGUUAGUUAGAACCCUGUAGCAGAUGAUCCCUCUGCGUCCUUCCCAUCGCUCAGUGAAGCUCACCUUCAGGCAGGGUCAAAGGUCAGAGCGGUCAUUAAGCUGACUGUAUCAUUUCAUGGCGCUCCGCUGGGCAUUUCAGCGGCGCCGUAACGCCGCGUUGCUUCCAGCCGAAGCCUCCUCAGGAAACCUUCUGCUUCUCCGGGUGUUUGCUGGUUAAAGUAAAAGAUGGAGUUGAGAUUUAACUUGUUGCUCCUGUUGGUGCCUGGUGGAUUGCUGUGCUUUGUUUAUGAGUGAUGCUGCACAAAUAAAGAACUUUCAAGAAA